AUUUCACUCACUACUUAAACAAACUCAGACAAACACACUAAACCCCAUAAACAAACAUGACUUGUAAUAAAGGUUUACUUCUUGUUUCUCUAUUAUGCAUUGUUAUUUCCGGCCAUGUUUCCGGCCAACAACCACCGACGACAACCCCUGCUCCUCCUACACAAACACCACCACCAGCCACCACCACUCCUCCUCCAGUCUCAACUCCACCACCAGUAACUCAAUCUCCACCACCAGUAACUCAAUCUCCCCCACCAGCAACAACUCCUCCUCCUGUUUCAGCUCCACCACCGGUAACACAAUCUCCACCACCAGCUACUCCUCCUCCUGUUAGUGCACCACCACCAGCAACUCCUCCACCAGCUACACCACCGCCAGCCACUCCUCCACCUGCCUCUCCACCCCCAGCAACUCCACCGCCUGCAGCUUCACCUCCUCCAGCAAGUCCUCCACCACCGGUUGCAUCUCCUCCUCCACCGGCAAGUCCUCCCCCAGCUGUUCCACCACCGGCCCCUCUGGCUGCUCCACCUGCACAAGUGCCAGCUCCAUCUCCAAGUAAAACGAAACUGAAAGCUCCGGCUCCUUCUCCUUUAGCUUUGAGCCCACCGUCUCCGCCUCUUGGUCCGGCUCCGGCUCCUAGCUUGGGUGCCGUUUCUCCGGGACCAGCCGGUACCGAUGUGAGUGGAGUAGAAAAAGCUUUCUCAAUGCAGAAGAUGAUCGGAAGCUUGGUGUUUGGAUUGGCUUUCUCGUGGUUGCUAAAUUAAUUAAUUAGUUAUAUCUCAGUUUAUGCUUUUAUGUUAAUUUUUGAAUUUAUAUUUUGAGCUUACAAAAAUAUACACUCGAUCGGUUGUAUUCAUUCUUUGGUGGAGAUUUUUGGGUGUAUUGAUUUUAUUAAUUUCUUGUUUCCCGGAUUUCUUUAUUCUAUUUUAAUGCUACCUAUCUAGUUUCCUCUUUUA